AGGCAAUGACGCAAAUACAAUGAUGAUUAAAAGAUCUGAGUACUUCUUCUACAACAAUCAGUAACUACAUUCUCAAUUAAGAGGUUUAAAAUAAGGCUCGAUGUGAGUCACGAAAAGUUACACAGUCAUCAUUUUAAAUAAACUAAGUAUUAUGAGCUAAAUGUACAUAAAAGUAUAAAAAAAAUACUGUUUUCCAGCUACAUUAACAAACAUUAAUGAGGCCGCUGGUCAAAGUGCAGCUUUUUAAAAACUACUUUAUGCUCUAUAAAUGCUUUUUUUUUUACAAGACAAUAUGUUCAGUAUAAAUAAUUUGGGUUUGUAAAGUAAUAUCUUUUAGAUUAUCUGAAAUCGCUGCAGUAAUGUGAUCAAUUUCGCUUUAACCUGAGAGGUUUUCUGUGGAGGUAAACACUGAACUGUUGUUCUACCUGUGACUUUUAGAUAUUUCACAUGUGAAAUAUGUCUCGUUACCACUCUAUGAAUGAAAGAGUUCAUGAUUUUCUAAAUCACACUCUAAUUUAAGUUAUCUAGUUAAGCUUAUCUUAUCUGUCGUUAGCUGAUUCUCAGUCCGUGAAGGCUGUGGGGAAAACUGUAAAGCACUUUGGAUAAAAUCACUUUAUAAUUGCAGCUAUUAAUCUUUAAGUACUUCAGAUAAACACACACACAUCUGAGAAAAGAAAUCAAUGAAUAAGUUAUGGUAACAGAGGUUAAAAAUCAAACUAAUGUAGUUAAAAUUGUAAUAAUAAUAAAAUAAUAAAACAAGAGAUCAGAAUAAAAACAGAGAGACACUAGCUGUAUACAAGGUUCAGCAAAUAUGUCUUUUAAAGUGUGUUUGUGUGAUGCUCACAUUGAAGUGAUUUUAAAUUAAUAUUCAUAUAAGAUCUCCACAUCUUUGUCCUUUUCUGUUUGCCUCAGUUGAAUUGUUCAGGUUGUCCGUUUUAUGUCCUGUUACGCUCUUUUAUGUCAGUAGGUGAUCGUAUUUAGCCGCAAUUCCUCUGGAGACGUGAGUUUGAGGCUACGGGUGCCAUUACAGCUCGUAAAGCAAACUGUUGCUGAAAGGGAACAACGUGUUGCAUUCACUCACUGCUGUUUACAACUUUUUCCAGGUUAGUGGGGAUGCAUAGCCUCUCAAAACCAACAUGGAAAUUACUGAUGUCCCCUCAGAGUAUAAUGAUAUUUUGCUGUCACUUUGCGAAAUGAUAUUAAAAACAACAGGCAUUUAUUUAACAGUAAUACUGAACACAGUGCAGUUCUCUGUGCAACUGGUUAACCAGUCCUUAGUCCUAAAAAAGGUUCCUUAGUCCAAAUAGUGUGAGACAGGUUCAGUUUCUUAAGUUGGGAAACUUGAGUCUUUUCCUUCAACCAACUCACGUUAAGGCGAAAAAUAAACCAAAAUAAAUUCAGAGCUGUGAGAAAAUAACAAACUCAAAUUCAAUAAAACCAGUGUUCAUCUACCUGGGUAGUGUGUGUUUUUGUCUUUGAACAGAGUGUGGUGAGAUCUCAGCUCUUAUCUGUACGAUGUGACGAAGAGAUGCAAAGUGAAUGAGUCCUCUUGACUGCUCACCCACUGAGUGUCCUCUACUCUUCUGUCUUCUGUCCAACAAACAGGCUCUUUUCUCUCUUAAAUCAUCAGCUACAAACAACAACAACAACCUGCAUAAGCAGGGCAACAUUUGAUUAUUCUCUUUUAAAUGAAACUGUUACUGAGACUAAUAGUAAAUAAAUGUGCAGUACUUUCAGGCUUACUAUACAUUCAGUCCACUUAGCUGCUGCACAUGUAAAACUACCAAACAGCAACAUGACCAGCAUUUCCCUCAAUUUCUUCUAAUCAUGCUUUAGUUUAUUCAACUCAACUUCUACUCUGAUUGGUUUUUAGUAAAUGUCUUAUCAGGAAAUUGCCACAGAGUAAAACACUCAGCUCAGAAAACAACAAAGCUAAAUGGCACGAGCUACAUUGACUCUGCUAUGUUAGCUAGCACAGCAUGGCAAAUACUCAACAAACACUCAGAAUAGAUUACACAAUCAUUAAAUCCUCUGCUGAACUUCGACCAGUUACUCCUCGCGACCCGUUUUGGGACAAAUUUCGUUCAGAAGAACCCUUAAAACCAACUGUUUUUCUUACGUUUACACUCUCUGCUCAUUUGCUUUCUGCUUUAGCAUGCUAACGUUAGCAAGCUAACGUUCUGCUCCCUCUCUAACCAGGAAGUGUUGUUGUUGUUGUUGUUGUUGUUGUUGUUGUUGUUGUUGUUGUUGUUGUUGUUGCUGCUGGACUCAAAUAGCUGCUGCAGAUGGGAGAAGAACAAGGCAAAGGAAAUAAAUUCACCCUGAUUAGAGGCCAUUUUGAGUUGGUUACAUGUCCACAAAACAACACAAAGCUCCUUUAAGAGCCACUGAAUCACCUCAAAGAGGUGAUGUCCUGUGAUGGUUAUUGUUUAAGAAAAGCACCAAUAAGCAGUGAAAUCUUUAAUAUUUCAGAUGAACUAAAUAAGAUUAAACAUUAACGCAGAAAUGCUACCUUUCUAGAAGGUGUAUUUAUAUUUUAUUUAUCAUGUGUAACUCAACAGCUUUUGAUUUUUCACCAUGUCCUCGAAGUGAACUGCGACUCCAAUGCAGCUAAAAGUUUCUUUAAAAUGCCUCAAAGUUACAUUGAUGAUCUGUGGAAGAUGGAUGACUGGAUGCUACUUUGGCCAAAUCUGAACACAGCAAACGUUUCCCUGAGGAUGUGUUAAUAAUAAAGAGCUGACAUCGAUCAGUUAUUGAUGUAUUGAUACACACAAGUUGUCCUCAGCCGCAGUGAGUCUGGCUGAGCUGCACCGUUAGCCUCGGCCAUCUUCAGUGUGCUUGCUGCUGCCAGAAUAACUUGAGUUUAUUACAAAUUGGACACCAACAGAUGGUUGUUUUUACUUUGAGUCCCUGAACAAACAUGUGGCUCAGCUGGAAAACGGCUUUUGAUGGAGCUCUGAUGCGUUUUAAUGCAUUUUAGGAGAGAAAUGAGUGUGAAAAGCCGCCGAGCAGCGCCGGUCACGGCGGUGAAUAUGUGAAGUUUGGAGGCUCCGCCAACAAACUGCAGAGCUCCGCAUGACCGCGACGUGAAGAGACACGAGUCCGCUGUCGGCUGCUUCGCUGGCAGCCUGCAGCUCUUCUCCCAGAGUUAGUUUGGAGGCUUUUAUCGGUGCAGAGAAAACACAAAUGGCGGCGUCCAGCCUGCGCAGAGGGGCCCGCGAGCCGGGCUGAGUCUCCACGGUUCUCAUGGUGUGUUUAAGUGCAGCCUCCUGCUCGGAGCUCCGCAACAGUCCCGUCAGACUCUCGCGUUGUCGUGAGGAGGAACCGAUCUACGAGCACAACAUGGCAGAAGUCGCUCCGGCUCCAGCCGCCGCCCCGGCCAAAGCAGCCAAGAAGAAGGUUUCCAAGCCGAAGAAGGCUGGCCCCAGCGUCGGGGAGCUCAUCGUCAAAGCCGUGGCCGCAUCCAACGAGCGGAGCGGCGUGUCUGCGGCCGCCCUGAAGAAGUCUCUGGCUGCCGGAGGCUACGAUGUGGAGAAGAACAAGGCCCGCGUCAAGAUCGCCAUCAAGAGCCUGGUGGCUAAGGGGACUCUGGUCCAGACCAAGGGGACAGGCGCCUCCGGCUCCUUCAAGAUGAACAAGAAGGCGGACACCAAGGCCAAGAAGCCGGUGAAGAAAGCCGCCCCUAAAGCCAAGAAGCCCGCCGCAGCCAAGAAACCCGCAGCAGCCAAGAAACCCGCAGCGGCCAAAAAGCCCAAGACCGCGGCCGCCAAGAAGCCGGCAGCAGCCGCUAAGAAGUCUCCCAAGAAGGCGAAGAAACCCGCAGCGGCCAAGAAGGCCGCCAAGAGCCCCAAGAAGGCCGCCAAGAGCCCCAAGAAGGUGGUCAAAAAGGCCCCCGCGGCCAAGAAAAGCCCUGCAAAGAAGGCCGCCAAGCCCAAAGUGAAGAAGGCAGCACCCAAGAAGAAGUGAGCUGCCAUCAGGAGAACUAACGGCCCGACAAAAGGCUCUUUUAAGAGCCACCACAGCCUCCUUAAAGAGCCUGUUCCUGCUUAUUGUUUAGGAUGAUAGGACAUUAGGGAAAUGAGGAUGAAGAGUACAGAAGAAUUCACUACUGUCUUUAAUAUUUAUUUUUUUAAAUAAAUCAGUUCACCUCAGAGAGCCACCUAUAUUUUAUAAACAGCUAAUAAGGGCCCAGUGCUUUCAGUUAUAACUGCUUGUCAAACGUAAUAUCAAUAAAAUGAAUGAGAAAUACACAUCAUAGUACCCCAAUUGGCCUUAAUGGCUGUAAAUUAGGGACAAAACAGCUAAAAGACCUCCAAUAAAUUAACUGAAAUAAAUGGAGUGAACUGAUUUGAGUAAAAACACACUGCAGCCCAACUCCUGUGUUAGCUCAUACAUAGUUAAUACAACCAUUAUUCGGAAAUGACAUUUCGCAUGUCAAUGAGAGGUGAAAAAGUUUCUUUUCACACUGCAUGUGCGCAUGUUGUCAAAUAAGUUUCAGGAUAUAUUUUAAACUAUAAAACAUUUUCUAAUCAA